UCAAAGCAGAGUACAUGGAAGCGCACUGCCGUCGUUCCGAAAGCUACAUAACCAGAACGCUCGAAACACACACAACGGGAGAGUCGAUCAACCAUGAAAUCUUCGGCCUCAGCUAACUCAAAAUCUCCUUUCAAGUUCAGAAUUCCGACGGCGGAGAAUCUAGUGCCAAUUCGCUUAGAUAUAGAAAUCGAUGGUCAGAGGUUCAAAGAUGCCUUCACUUGGAACCCUACUGAUCCAGAUUCAGAGGUGGUGGUCUUUGCAAAGAGGACGGUGAAGGAUUUAAAGCUUCCCCCAGCAUUUAUAACACAAAUUGCACAAUCCAUUCAAUCACAACUUACAGAGUUCAGAUCCUUUGAAGGUCAAGACAUGUAUACUGGUGAAAAGAUUAUUACAAUCAAGCUUGAUCUUCGAGUAAACAAUACGCUCAUAAGGGAUCAGUUUCUGUGGGACUUGAACAACUAUGAGAGUGACCCUGAAGAGUUCUCCAGGACAUUCUGCAAAGAUUUGGGUAUUGAAGACCCUGAAGUAGGACCUGCAAUCGCUGUUGCAAUACGAGAGCAGCUUUAUGAGAUAGCCGUGCAGAACGUUGUUUCAGCAAGAGAAAGCAGACUGAGCAAGAAGGGCCGCCGAGGGUUUGAGCAUGUUUCAGCAAGUAAAACUGGAGGUGCUUCGGUGGACUUGAUGAAGUUAUUUGGUCAUCGAUCAAGUGCUGUUCGGAAAAGAAAGGACUGGGACAUUUACGAACCAAUUGUUGAUCUUCUAUCCAACGAGGAAGUAGAUGCCCUUGAAGCAAAAGAAGAGAGGGCUGCUCGAUAAUAUGUUGCAAGUAGUUGAGAAUAUCACUCGUAUCGUCAUGAACAGUGUCGACUUUUCCAGUGGAGGUAAAUUAUUCAACCCAGAUGAAGUUCGUAGGCAAUUGUUCUUGCUAUCUCAACACAUACUUAGAGUUCUUUAACUUCCUAAGUUAAAAGCUUUCGAAUCGAUUCUUCAUCGACUGUACGUAAUCCUUGUCUAGCUCUUAAGCAGGGACAUGAACUCUCUGAUAAGUUCAUAUGGUAGAUCUUUUGACAAGUUUUACUGUAUUGGCAUGGACUAUAUCUCACUAGAGAAGGGUAGACCUUCUGAAAUGAGUUUUCAUUCUAUUUCUUGCCUUUGAUU